AUGUCUCGGUUCUGGUCUCUGAAGAAUCAAUCAGAAGAACUGAAACUAUCAGACUGGUUUUAUCCCACUGCACACACAAACUUGAUUACCAAAUGGUCAGCUCCGGUUGUGUGGCAUAAUACUUAUAAUGAAAAAGUCUUGAAAAAUUAUUACAAAAAUCAUAAAAUUACUGUGGGGCUGACUGUAUUUGCUGUUGGAAGAUAUCUUGACUUCUAUUUGCCUAGAUUUGUGUUAUCUGCGGAUAAGUUUUUUAUGGUUGGACAGAAGGUCAUCAUUUACAUCAUGGUAGAUGACGUGUUCCGGAUGCCUUGGAUAGAACUGAGUCCUCUCCGCACACUCAAAGUUUUUGAAGUUAAACCAGAGAAUAGAUGGCAAGACAUCAGUAUGAUGCGCAUGAAGACCAUAAGUGAGCACAUUGUACAUCACAUACAGCAUGAAGUUGACUUCCUCUUUUGCAUGGAUGUGGACCAAGUCUUCGAAAACAAAUAUGGACUGGAGACUCUAGGGGAGUCUGUAGCUCAGCUGCAUGCUUAUUGGUAUAAGGCAAAUGCUACUUUGUUUCCUUAUGAAAGAAAUCCGUUAUCAGAAGCAUAUAUACCUGUGGGUAAGGGAGAUUUUUAUUACCAUGCUGCUGUUUUUGGUGGCACUCCCGUUCAAGUACUAAAUAUUGUCUGGGAGUGCUUAAAAGGAAUUAUGAAGGACAAAAAAAGGAACAUUGAAGCAGUGUGGCAUGAUGAAAGUCACUUAAACAAGUAUUUCUUUCUCCACAAACCCACUAAAAUCCUGUCACCUGAAUACUGCUGGGAUUAUCGUCUACCACCAAAUUCUGAUAUUAAGGUUAUCAAACUAUCUUGGAAUUUUAAAGCUUACAAACUUAUUAGAAAUAAAAUGUAA